AAACCACAGCACUAAAGACUGUAGACCAGCUAGCUUCUCCUGGGAGCUCUCGCUGUGGCUUGCAUGCCAAUGCAUUACUGCAACAGCAUGCCCAUCCCACCAGUUGUCCCUCUGCUGCUGGUGCUAGCGGUUUGGUCUAUCAUGGCCAGCGCCAUCGCCGCUCCUUCGCCCAGCAGCAGUGAAACCGACGCCGCCGCCCUGCUGGCUUUCAAAGCCCAGCUCGCCGACCCUCUCGGCGUCCUCCGCGACAACUGGACCACCGCCACUUCCUUCUGUCACUGGGUCGGCGUGUCGUGCAGCCGCCGCCGGCCUCGCGUCACCGCUCACGCGCUGCAGGAUGUGCCGCUCCAAGGAAGCAUCGCUCCUAGCCUUGGUAAUCUCUCCUUCCUCUCUUUCCUCAACCUGAGCAGCACAGAGCUUACAGGCUCCAUCCCGGCCGACCUUGGAAGGCUGCCUCGUCUCAGAAUGCUUGCUCUUGGCAACAACACCUUGUCCGGCACAAUCCCGUCGGCACUAGGGAACCUCACAAGGCUUGAGCACAUCAAUCUGUUUCACAACCAACUCACUGAGCAGAUCCCGCGGGAGCUGCGAAAUCUGCGCAAUCUUAGGUACAUGAGUCUUAUGACCAAUUAUCUCACAGGACUAGUACCACAUGAUUUGUUCAGCAACACAUCUCUGUUAGAAAUUCUGGACUUGGGGAACAACAGUUUGUCAGGCACAAUUCCACAUGCCAUUGGCCAGUUGCCCAUGCUGCAAGACUUGACCCUGCAAGUAAACCAGUUUUCUGGUCCCGUACCUCCUGCCAUUUUCAACAUGACCAGCAUGCAGUACAUUUAUCUUUCAAGCAACUACAACCUCAGUGGGACCAUCCCUAGCGGCAACAAUAGCUUUAACCUCCCCAUGCUUCAAGUAUUAGCCAUGGAUGAGAACAGUUUCACAGGUCAAAUUCCGUUGGGGCUCUCAGGAUGUCAGUACCUGCAAGCACUCUCACUGAUGGACAACCAGUUUGAGGGUCUAGUGCCAGCAUGGUUGGCCUUGCUUCCAGAUCUCGCUAUAAUCAAUUUAGGUUAUAAUAACCUUGUUGGCACUAUCCCACCGACUCUCGGCAAUCUUACCAAUCUUGAGUCCCUGCAACUUUCAAUGGCCAAGCUAAACGGACUGAUCCCACCAGAGCUUGGACAGCUGAGGAAGAUCACUGAAUUAUAUCUUGAUAAUAAUCAAUUCACCGGAACCAUUCCUAGCUUCUUUGGCAACUUAUCUGAACUACAGAUCCUUGUAUUGGAGGAUAACUUCCUGCAUGGGUUAGUACCAACAGUAUUAGGAAGCACCGGAACGAUUAAGGUUCUUUAUCUCAGCACAAACAGGCUACAUGGAGAACUCAACUUUCUAUCCACACUUUCAAACUGUAAAGAACUCCGUAGUCUUAAUAUUCGAUCAAAUUAUUUCACAGGUGGCCUCCCUAACUGUGUAGGUAACCUAUCUAUUCAUUUGGAAGCCUUCUCCGUCACCGCAAACAUGUUAACUGGUGAAGUUCCAAAAGCGCUGUCGAAUUUAAGCAGCCUUUAUUGGAUGCAGUUUACUGGAAACCAAUUUAGUGGCACAAUUCCAGAACCAAUUCUGAUGAUGGACAAGCUCCAGAUCCUUGACCUCUCUAGUAAUGUCAUGGUUGGUCCAAUACCAAAAAAUAUAGGUAUGCUAAGGAAUAUAGAAAAACUAUUACUUUCACACAACUACAUUUCGGGUGCCAUACCAAAUGGUAUUGGGAACCUCACAACUUUAGAAAUUUUUGAUCUAUCCCACAACAACCUAUCAGGCAUGCCAGAAAACCUAUUUCAUCUUGAUCGCAUGAUAACCCUUGAUCUGUCUCAAAAUUCCUUGGGAGGUGCACUGCCCGAUCACAUAGGUCAGUUGAAGCAAAUUAACAGCAUAGAUCUCUCUGCCAAUCAAUUGCUUGGUAGGUUCCCUGGUUCCAUUGGACAGCUCCUAACGGUCACCUAUUUGAAUCUUUCACACAACUCACUGAAUGAUUCACUUCUGGACGUUUUUCUAAAUUUAACCGGCUUGGAAUCACUAGACCUAUCUUACAAUAAUCUCUCUGGUACCAUCCCACAGUACUUGGCCAAUUUUACCUUCCUAACUAGCUUGAAUCUCUCAUUCAAUAAACUACAUGGUCCGGUACCGGAAGGAGGUAUAUUUACAAACAUCUCAGGACAAUGUUUGGAGGGGAACUUAGCUCUCUGCGGUGGCAUUUCACGCUUAGGACUUGCACCAUGCCAAAGCAUCCACCGAUCAAAUCAUCGGUAUAUCUUAAAGUUCUUGAUGCCUGCUGGUAUUGUUACUGUACUUGGAGCUGUUGCCACGUGCCUAUAUAUGAUAAUGAGACACAAAGCCAAAAGGCAGGAGGAGCGCCUGGCUUCUCCUGGCAUAGUCGGUGUCCUAAACCACAGGUUAGUCUCCUACCAUGAGAUUGUUCGCGCCACUGGUAAUUUCAGUGAGAGUAAUCUGAUUGGGGCAGGAGGCUUUGGAAAAGUUUAUAAGGGGCAAUUGAUCAAUGGAGCUAUGGUCGCAAUAAAAGUUCUGAACAUGCAGCUAGAACAAGCUGUGAGAAGCUUUGAUGCUGAGUGUCGUGUCUUGCGCAUGGUCCGACACCGCAACUUGAUAAGUAUACUUACAACCUGCUCGAAUUGUGACUUCAGAGCCUUGGUCCUUCAGUAUAUGCCCAGUGGAAGCUUAGAGGCUCUUCUGCAUUCUGAAAAUAGAGAGCAACUGGGAUACCUUGAGAGAUUGGAAAUUAUGUUGGAUGUGUCCAUGGCACUGGAGUAUCUUCACUAUGAUCAUUGUGAGGUUGUCCUGCAUUGUGACUUAAAACCUAGCAAUGUUCUAUUUGAUGACGACAUGGUAGCACAUGUGGCGGAUUUUGGGAUUGCGAAACUAUUGUUGGGUGAUGACUUCUCCACAAUUUCUGCGAGCAUGCCUGGAACAAUCGGGUACAUUGCACCAGAGUAUGGAUCGGUGGGAAGGCUGUCAAGAAAAAGUGACGUAUUCAGCUACGGGGUCAUGCUUCUUGAAGUAUUCACCGGAAAAAGGCCCACAGAUCCUAUGUUCGUUGGGGAACUAGACAUUAGGAGAUGGGUUCAUCAAGCCGUUCCAACAAAUGUUAUGAAUGUUGUGGAUGAGCAGCUACAGCAAGACCCUGCUGGGACUCUGAAUGAGUUUCUGAUCCCAGUGCUUGAAAUAGGAUUACUGUGCUCCGAUGAUAUGCCGGACCAAAGAAUGACGAUGCGAGACGUGGUGACGAAGCUGAAGAAGAUAAAAGAGGCAUACAUGGCUUCUAUAACUAGGAGGCAGUGACAGAUCUCCGAGAAUGUUCUU